AUGACAGAGACGAGACAAGAUGAGUUUAUGACAGGAAAUGUAAAUAUGGAAGAGUUGGAAGCUGAUUUAAUUAAGAGUGGGAACUUUGUUACUGGAUUAACAGAGGAAGAAAUUCUUAGAAGAAUCAAAGCUACCAAAAAGUACUACAAUUUAAUUAGACUAGAAGGUGCUAAAGAAUGGAUUAACAGAGAAUACUGUGAGGUUAAGUCAGUAAGAGAGUUUAAGGAACAGUUAAGAACAGGUAUCUUAUUAGCUGAGAUUGCAAAUAAAAAUGGUUAUAAAUGUAAGGUUUAUAGAGAAAAUACAGCUAAGUAUUAUGAGAUUGAGAACAUUAAUAAUUUCUUAAGAUUCUUGAAGACAACUAAACUACCUUCUUGCUAUCAUUUUGAAACCCUUGAUUUAUGGGAGUAUAAAAAUGAAAGCAAGGUAAUUGCUUGUUUGUAUGCUCUGGCUAAACUUCUAAGUAAUGAAGGUAAGAGUGAAGGAAUAAAGGCAGUUAAUGAGAAAGAAGUAUGUUUUACAAAAGAUGAUUUAGAAGCAGCUGAUUGUGGUGAAAUUGAUUUAGAGGAAAUUCAAAGGGGGUUAGAAGAAGUGAGAAAAGAUUUUAAUGAAGAAAAAGAAAUUAGUGAAGAAAAAGAAAUUUAUAUAGAAAAGCCUGAUCUUAAUUUAGAUUUAAUUCCUUCAACAGUAAAAUCAUUAAUAUGGAGAAAAGCAUUUAAAGAUUUAUUCAUUGAAAAAAAUAUUAAUUUAUCUUCUAUUAGAAAGUAUUUCAAGAGCAUCAAUUAUGAAUAUAAAUCUCAUGGUAUAACAUAUGCAGUUAUUGAUUUAAUUAAAAAUAAUCAAAUACUUGAAAAUCUAAUUAGUGAAAGUUAUAAAGUGAUAAGGUUAUUAGCUAGAAAUGUUAACAAGAGAAAUAUUGAAGAGGUUGGAAUAUUCAUACAUAAAAGUAAUAAUUAUGAUUCUUUAAAAAGAAUAUUGUUUUUAUUGAUUGGCAACUACCCAUUGUUGAUUAGUUUAAUUAAUAUAAGUAACUUUAUGAUUUUAGAGUUAAUAUUCCCUAAUAAUAACAUUGGUAAUUUUAGUUUUAAGAAAUUCUUAGAAUUUUAUAAGACUGUGGAUUAUAAUAAGGCAUUAGAAGUUGCUAAGCAUCAUUUUAAUAAUAAUUCUUAUGUUAAUUUACCUGAGUAUCUUGAAUUGUUUAAUAUUGAAGAUAUUAAUUGUGAUCUAGAAAUGGAAACUAGUAAAUUUAAAUUGAAUGAUACAAAGUAUAUUUUACAGAUUAGUAUCAACAAGAUAAAUAAGAUAAUAAAGUUACUGAAGGAGAAUAUUAAAUACUGUAAAGGUGAGUUGAAGGCUUUGGUAAAUGAGAUUGGUUUCUUUGAUAAGAAGUUGGAGGGAAGUAAUUUAACUGUUAAAUUUGAAAAUAAAAAGAACUUGUUAGAGGAUACAGGAAUUGAUUAUAGUUAUUAUGAUAGUGAAUUUAAUCUUGAUGUAGAAGAUUUUCAUUUAGACACUGAACUGUUAGAACAAUUAGGUAAGAAAAUGUAUCUUAAUGAAGUGAAAAAUAAGUUAAUCAAGUUAAUUGUUGAUAGUAAUGAAGAGGAUGAUUUAAUUGAAUUAUUGUUUAAAAAUGAUGAACAUAACAAAUUAAAGGCAGAAGUUAAAGAAGAUCUUAAUCUAUUAGAAUCACUCAAUAUCACUAAAAGAAGUAAUGAUUAUAAUGAAAUGUUACAUUAUAUAGUUGAGACAAUUAAUGAUGAUGAUACUUACAUGGAGAUGAAUGAAAUAAUUGCAAAGAAUAAGGAACUUCUAACUAAGUAUGAAAAUCUUAAGGAUUAUCUUAAUUGUUAUGCUAAAAAUGUUGUAACUAAUAAGAGUGGAUUUUUUAACAGAACAGUUGAACCUAAAUCUAAAUAUGGAACUUAUAAAUAUCCAAUCAGUAGAUUUGAUCCUAAGUUUCACACAAAUGUAGAUAUUAGUCAAUUUUCACUAAAGAUAUCAUCUAAUGAACCACUUAUCUACAAAUGUGACUUAAUCUUUGAUAGUACUGUUGUACAGGCUUGUAGUGUAAAUUUAUGUGAAUUAUUAGUUUCAUUUGAAAAUAAUAAUUCUUCAUUGAAUAUGUUUGAAAUAUGUUCUAUUAAUGUUUCUCAUUUAAUUGAUAUUAUUAACAAACAGUAUAUUAUUGAUUAA